UGAAAAACUAAAGAGAACUGUGUGAUGAUGAGGGAACCAUUAUUUUGAGCUUUUGUUUUCUCUUCUCUAGGUUGACUCUUUCAGGGAGCGGAUCACAAGUGAGGCUGAAGACUUGGUGGCAAACUUUUUCCCAAAGAAGUUGUUAGAACUUGACGGGUUCCUUAAGGACCCCAUCCUGAACAUUCAUGAUCUUACCCAAAUCCACUCAGACAUGAACCUCCCAGUGCCUGACCCGAUCCUUCUCACAAACAGCCAUGAUGGACUGGAUGGGCCAAAUAUGAAAAAAAGGAAGCUGGAAGACUGUGAAGAGACCCUCCAAGGUACCAAAGUGUUUGUGAUGCCCAAUGGGAUGCUGAAGAGCAACCAGCAGCUGGUGGACAUCAUUGAGAGAGUGAAACCAGAGAUCAGGCUGUUGAUUGAGAAGUGUAACACGGUCAAAAUGUGGGUGCAGCUUCUUAUCCCUAGGAUAGAAGAUGGAAACAACUUUGGUGUUUCUAUUCAGGAGGAGACUGUAGCUGAGCUUCGUACUGUGGAGAGUGAGGCAGCUUCUUACCUGGACCAGAUUUCUAGAUACUAUAUCACACGAGCAAAGUUGGUUUCGAAAAUAGCAAAAUACCCGCAUGUGGAGGAUUAUCGCCGCACAGUGACAGAGAUUGAUGAGAAGGAAUACAUUAGUCUGCGCCUGAUCAUAUCAGAGCUGAGGAAUCAAUAUGUCACUUUGCAUGACAUGAUUCUUAAAAACAUCGAGAAGAUCAAGAGGCCUCGGAGCAGCAAUGCCGAGACCCUCUACUAAGUGUCAACAUUUGAACUUGAGAACUGUUCAGUCCACUAAAGACCGUCAUUGCCUUGGUUUGUUACGUGACUAUCGAGAUGGGAAACUGGCUGGAAAUAGUAUCGCACUCUUAGUUAAAUUCUAACGAAACUCACCUAGUUCUGUGCUUGGUUUGUUCAGGUCUCAGGAACUCUCCCUCCUUGUAGUAAUUGGUAUUGAGAGCACCACUGCUGUGGGACGUGCAAGCUACUGCAGGCUGAAAGCAGCAGCCAGGCAGGAACGCUAUCAUGCCUUUCUUCCUACCUAGGUAGGAACUGAUGUAGAGACCAGGCACUGGUCUACUGAAGAUUCCCUAUUCACCUGUGAACUGAAAAGUUUUGCUGGGGUCUCUGGGCAUGGGGCAGAUGCAGUUUCCUCUGCAUUAAGCUGAGACCAGGCAAUGAUGCCCUGGCUGGGAGAAGUCAUUCUAGUAGCCAUUCUAUACUUCCUAGCUGCAAGGACAGGAGGAUGUGUCCCUUGGAGAAGGUGACUCCCCCAGCCCAGAUAGAAGCUAUGCUCAAUGUGCCAUUAAGAGGGCUAGCUCUCUUCUGGCUUGUUCUACAAUCGAGCUUACCCAGGUUUCCUUUUCCUUUGUGUAGUACAGCUAGAUCCAGCACACAGGGCUAUGUGAAGCCAAAGUCACUAGAGCUUGCAUCUGCCAGCCCACACUGCUGGGGUGGCAGAUGCAGAGUACAGGUGUCUUUGGCUCGUGCAUGUAAUUUUCCUGUUGCCUCCACAAAACCUGUGGGGUUAAAAUUAAUGUUAAUAUCACAUGUGAUUUCCUGCAUCCUGUCUCCUUUAGUGUGAGGUAUUUCUUCCCUGGAUGAGCUAGGAGUGAAAUGCACAAGCAAGUUGUUAUCUGCUGUCCCCAGCUGCAUGCUGUGGGGUAUCUGAAUGGAGCAGGCAGUUCUGAUGGCUGAUCCUUAGGGUUGAGAAUGGCCAUAACUGCAAACAGACCCUUAGCUAAACUUAUGCGCUUGUCUCCUGGCUGUUCCUUUCCCUGUGAAAAGCCAUUCAGUUCGUUCUCAUGCUUCCUUCUUCACAACUGCUAGAGCAUUUCAUGGCCCAUUGCAAGCCCCUUUGGAAAUGAUUGGUUUGGUUGUCAGUUGGUAUGUGUGGCAAAUGGAUCCCCAACACUGUAGGCUUCUAAAUCUUCCUAUUUAUAGUAUUUCUCUUUUGCUCCCCCAGCAGAAUAUUGAGCCAGCUGUUUCUGGAACUCUUUGUUUUCCUGGGUCUUGCUGUUACACCCAUUUAUUCUUCUUGUGCAGUAGCCUUAAUAGCUGUGUUCAUGUCAUUGUAACAACGUGACAGAUGGAAUGAAUCUUCUUCCCCUUCCUUAUGUCCUGGUUUGAUUUUUUUUUCUCUGUAUGUGAGAGCCAUGCUGUGUCUUGCUGGCUUCCUGAGAUUUGCCUGGAGUGUGGAAGGCCCCUGACCUUUCUGAUUAGACUUUUCUUUUGUUUGUAGCAAGUCAAAUCUUAGUCUUCCCGUUAAUAAAUAUUCAGUAACAAACCAACUGCGUUUUAGCCGCUGCCUAGAAGCAGCACCUUCCCCUGUGUUUCUUUGUAUUGAUUCCUUUUAAUUUGUUCACUUUUCCUUGCCAGAUGAACACAUGUAAUAAUUUUACCAUGUCAACAAAUUAAAAUACAGGUACUUUGA